GCCUUUGGUGGUAAACGGUCUGAGGAGUCAGAGAAGAUCAUUGAAGAAAUGAGAAACAGGGAGUGGGGUUUGCUGCUCAUGGACGAGGUGCAUGUGGUUCCGGCCCAAAUGUUUAGGAAAGUCAUCAGCAUCACAAAAUCUCAUUGCAAGCUAGGACUUACAGCAACCCUUGUGAGAGAAGACGAAAAGAUUACAGAUUUGAACUUCCUCAUUGGCCCGAAGCUAUAUGAAGCCAAUUGGCUAGAUUUAGUUAAAGGAGGCUUCAUUGCAAAUGUUCUGUGUGCUGAAGUAUGGUGUCCUAUGACCAGAGAGUUCUUUGCAGAAUAUCUCAAGAAAGAGAACUCCAAGAAAAAACAGGCUCUUUAUGUAAUGAACCCUAACAAGUUCAGAGCCUGUGAGUUUCUUAUUCGUUUCCAUGAACAACAACGUGGGGAUAAAAUCAUUGUCUUCGCAGACAAUCUUUUUGCACUUACUGAAUAUGCAAUGAAACUUCGCAAACCGAUGAUUUAUGGUGCAACCAGCCAUAUCGAACGAACCAAAAUUCUAGAGGCGUUUAAAACCAGUAAAGACGUGAACACAGUCUUCUUGUCAAAGGUUGGUGAUAACUCCAUAGAUAUCCCUGAAGCUAAUGUGAUUAUCCAGAUUUCGUCACAUGCUGGUUCUAGACGUCAAGAGGCUCAGCGUUUGGGUCGUAUUCUUAGGGCCAAGGGUAAAAUUGAAGAUAGAAUGGCUGGUGGAAAAGAAGAGUACAAUGCAUUCUUCUACUCACUUGUUUCUACAGAUACGCAGGAAAUGUAUUAUUCAACGAAAAGACAGCAGUUCUUGAUCGACCAAGGUUAUAGCUUUAAAGUUAUAACAAGUCUUCCACCACCUGAUGCUGGUUCAAGCUUAAGCUACAACAGUCAAGAAGAACAGUUAUCCCUUCUCGCAAAGGUGUUGAACGCUGGAGACGAUUUGGUUGGCUUAGAGCAACUGGAAGAAGAUAUAGACGGAAAGGCCCUGCAAGCUACGAGACGAAGCAGGGGAGUGAUGAGUGUAAUGUCAGGUGCAAAAGGACUUGUGUAUCAGGAAUUCAACUCUGGCCAUCACAAAUCUUCUGGUCAACAAUUCAAGAAACCUAAAGACCCUACAAAACGACACCAGCUCUUCAAGACACGAUAACGGUUACGUUUAGCCUAACACACACAUGUUCAUUUCUUUGCUUGUUACACGGGCAGAGUUAGGAAUUAACUUUGAGGAUGUGUAGAAUUAGAAGAAGCAACUCUUUGUAUGCAUCAAUUGUUCAUUUCUCCAUUGAUUUUACAACAUGUUGCAAUUUCAUCAUAUAUUUGAGAGUAACCACCUUAAACUCA